AUGGAGGGCACUUCUCCUGGACCGGACCCCAUCUCCGACUCGGAAAAGUCGAAGAAGAGGAAAUCCACGGUCGAAGAAAUCGAAGUCGACGUUAAUGCGCCCGAGCCUCCCUCUAAAAGGGCGCGACGUGCGCUCAAGAAGGGAAAGAAGCUGCCGUCCAAGGGCGCAACAAGCGACGCCGACGGAGACGAAGAGGGUACAAAGGAGGGAGGGGACAAGGCAAAGCGAUCCGAGCAUGGUGUCUGGAUAGGAAACCUACCCUUUACCGUCACCCCAUCCGAGCUCAAGACAUGGCUAGUUGAUAACUCGGGCGGUGUGAUCCUCGACGAGACAAUCACCAGGAUAAAACUACCUACGAGCAAGGACAAGGCGAAACAGAAAGGGGAUACCGAACAACCGAUGAACAAGGGCUUUGCCUAUGUCGAUUUCAACGGAAUUGGCCCGCAGAUGGCCGCCAUUGCGUUAUCCGAGAACCUACUAGGCUACCGAAAACUUCUCAUCAAGAGCUCUACAUCAUUUGAGGGGCGUCCAAAGGCCGAGAAGGCGGACGCUGCCGAGACCGACGCGGCGACCCAGGCCGAGUUGGCCAAGAACAUGAAUCGCAAGGUCUUUGUCGGCAACCUUGGAUUCGCUAUCAACGAGGAUGAUUUAUGGAGCCACUUUGAAAAGUGCGGCGAGAUUGAAUGGGCCAAGGUGGCGACAUUCCAGGAUACUGGCAAGUGCAAGGGCUUCGGCUGGGUCAAGUUCAAAACCCCCGAGGGCGCCGCAUGGGCUGCCAAGGGCUUCGUCAAGAUCAAGGAAGAGAUCUUGACGGAGGAAGACUUCCAAGAACCAGACGGAGACCAGGAUGCCGGAGCUGACGACACGCAAAAGAGAGGAAGUACAAGACGAGGAAAUGGUGGACUCGAAAAGGCCCUAGAGAUCGUCCGUUCCGGGCCCGACGCUUCCGCAGUGACCUUCACCGUGCUAAUCCGGCCCUUCCAGCUGGACCCGUCCUUCUCCUCGGAACCAGUCUCCAAGCAGGCGCGGUACAAGGAAAAGUUUGGCGACCAGUGGCCCGCGCUCGAGGCCCGCAUGGCCGUCGUCGGCGCGGGCGACGGCAUCGCCUUUCGCUACGGCGGCGUCAUGGCCAACACCUUACCCGCGCACCGCGUCCUGCAGCGCGUGCAAGCCGAAAAGGGACCCGAGGCGGCGUGGUCCGUCUUGGGACACCUCUACAGGCGCUAUUUCGAGGAGGAACAGCACCCCAGCUCGCCCGAGACCCUCGAGGCUUCCUGCGCCGAGGCGGGGCUAGACGAGGCGUACGUGGCGGACUUGGUGCGGGGAGAUGCCGGCAAAGGGCUGGAAGAUGUAAAGAGGGAUUUGGUGGCGCAGAGGCUAGAGGGCAUCUCGGCGGUGCCGCAUGUGGUGCUGGAGGGUAAGAGGCGGGAUUUGAAGUUGGUUGGCGCAAGGGAGGUCGAGGAGUACGUAAAGGCGCUUCAGGCCAUUAUCAAGGAAAGCAAGUAG